UAAAUGGUUGAUCGGGAUACAUAAUUUUUCGUGUUUUCGUUCCGUCGUCGGUUUGCGAAUCGGGUUGUUUGAUUGGAAUUUUGUGCCGUUUUAUCGGGUUAUUUGGAACGUUUGAUUGCUGGAAGUGGUUAAUUACGGUACGGUGCUUUUCCGGGAAUUGAAGGUUGGUCCGGAUCCGCCGGAAUCGGGCUCCAAAUUCUAAGAAUUCGGAUCAGACUGGCUUCGACAGUGUGGUGGACAUAUUAUUUUGGGCACCCCACAGGAAUCGUCGUCGGCUGUAAGCCAUUCCCCAACAUAGGAGGCUGCUGCUUCUGACUGUGCUGUGUGUACUAGCGAGUAAAAAUAUUGAUUUUUUCCCUCUAGUGGUGCUGCUGCCACAUUAUCUUGCCUGAGAAUUCCAUGGUUCCUGUGUUUUCUUUCCUUCGGUGUGCAUCCUCUAAAGCUAUAAUGGAAGAGCCUUUGCCGUCGAGUUAUUGAUGAGUGAAAUUUAUGCGACACGGAAGAGGAAUGGCCGUGCUGUGAAAAAUUGAGCACGUAUCCGGGCUUGCCGGAAGCUUCCGGGGUGCUCCACCAGGUCGGAACCACUUUUAGUUACUUGCCCCAGCAGGCUCUUGAGCAGUUUUCGAGAGCAGUGCCAUUGAUGUGAAGUCGAAGUCUCGUGAAGAGUGUGGGGGGAAGCAAGCGAGUUUUACCUGUUUGGGUACAAAAAUAUCUCCGGUGUGGUGUUGCGUGGGCGGCUUCUCUGUAGCCGAAUGUGGUUCUCCUAUUAAGUGGCAGUUUUGUGGUGGCGCUGAAAGCCCGAUAGCAAGAGUCAUCAUUUUAGAUUUAUGAGCCUAGCCUAUAGGCUAAUGCGAGUUUGUGUUUAGGCCAAUCCAAAGUGCGUGCCUGGAUAUAAAAGUAACAGGGAGUGGGGAAAGCCUGAGGAAUUCUUCGGGGCUGAUGUGGACAUUCUGGAGCGUUUGGAAUCAGCUGCCCUAGAUUCAAAAACGUCUUCACUUUUGGCUCCCAGUAAUACGGUAUACAUUGUUGUGUAGAAGAAGAACAACUCACUUUCGGCAUCCAGCAGGACCCCAACUGUCGCGACUGUCGUUUCCUCGGGUAGUUGUUGUUUUUCGUUGAUGCUGGUGUUGUUGUUGAUGUUGAUACAGAUGUUCGUUCCGGGGGUCCCACAAACAGUGUACAAAGACACGCGCACGACGAUUCAUCUACACGACACAGACACGCACCCACACGCCCAAACUAAAUAAUCAUCGGCUCGGCGUUUCGUCAUGUUCGCAUAAAAGGAUUUGGCCAUAAAAAUAUACAGCCAGAACAACCGAGUCCCAAAAAUAAAUCCAGAAUCUACCAAGCGAAUGUUAGCAAAGAAAAAAGGUCUGCGUGAGAGAUAAGAGAAAUCAUCAAGAAAAAAAAACGAGUAAAGAGGCGAAAAAAGAGGAAAUCACACAGCCCAAACGCCUCUCGGCAACGCCCAGAAAAUACACACCAAAAUACAAACAACCAGAACCAAGCAAAGCUAAGGGUGUUCUGGAAAGAAUUUGAAUCUUCAACAAACAACAAGAAAAAAAACCAGAAAAAAAAACAAACCGCCCCAUAUAAAAUAAUUAGGCCCCGUCGACACGAGACUGACUACUGUCAGUCAGUCACCAGCUAGCAAAAAAUAAACAAAACUCAAACCGGAAACAGUUGCGGCCCAAAUUCGUGGGGACAUAUUUGGCGUUUUCCGGUGAGGCGCAAUACUCGAGACAUGGGGCUGCAGGCGGCCUCCGGUGCCGCGCUACUGACAGCCAUCGUUAGUUUGCUGCUUCUACAGCUAGCGACAAUUCCGCACAGUGCCCUUGCUACACAUGGGAAUUUCUCCGAUUUUCCCUUCAUAUACCUGACACAUCCGCCAGAGAUUAUCCGGAAACCGUCGAAUCAGGGUGUUCGAGUCGGUGGGGUGGCGACGUUCUUCUGCGGCGCCCGCGGUGAUCCACAGCCCAACAUCGUCUGGAGGAAGAAUGGCAAGAAGAUAGUUGGUUCCCAAUCGCGCUACUCGAUGAUCGAGUCCAAUGGUGUUUCGAUGUUACGGAUUGAGCCGGUUCGAGCUGGCCGAGAUGAUGCCCCGUACGAGUGUAUGGCGGAAAAUGGCGUCGGAGAUGCCGUUUCUGCCGAGGCAACUCUAUCCGUUUACGAAAUUGACAAAACCCCGGCAGGCUUCCCUGUCAUCACUCAGAGUCCGACGACGCGCGUAAUUGAAAUUGGCCACACGGCCGUGAUGCAGUGCAAGGCGACCGGAAUGCCGGCCCCGAAAAUCUACUGGAUCAAGGACAUGAAGCGCGUCGACAUGACGAAUCCCCGGUACAGCAUCAACAGUGAAGGGAGCCUGCAGAUCGACAACAGCGAGGAAAGCGACAUGGGCCGGUACGAGUGCGUGGCGGAAAACUCCGUCGGAACCGAACACACCAAGCAAACGAAUCUGUACGUGAAGGUACGCCGAGUUCCGCCGACCUUUUCACGACCCCCGGAACCCAUCUACGAGGUGAUGGUCGGAGGAAACGUGACCCUUACCUGUGUGGCCGUCGGAUCCCCGAUGCCCUACGUCAAGUGGCGCCAAGGACCGGAUCAGGAUCUGACGCCGGAAAAUGACGUCCCCGUAGGAAGGAACAUCCUGGAACUGAGCAACAUCCGGCACAGCGCCAACUACACUUGUGUAGCUUCGUCCACCCUCGGAAUCAUAGAGGCCACCACUCUGGUCAAGGUUCAAUCCUUGCCAGCUGCUCCAACAGAUGUGACGAUUUCGGAAGUGACAGCCACGCAGGUUCGGCUCGAGUGGUCGUACAAGGGACCGGAAGACUUGCAAUAUUACGUUAUCCAGUACAAACCGAAGAAUGCCAAUCAGGCAUUCAGCGAAAUCAGCGGCAUCAUAACGAUGUUCUACGUGGUCCGUACGCUGAGUCCUUACACCGAGUACGAGUUCUACGUGAUUGCUGUGAACAAUAUCGGCCGAGGGCCUCCAUCGCUGCCUGCCACCUGCACCACCGGAGAGACAGGUGAUUCCACGUAUGGAGGCUCCAAAAUGGAAAGUGCACCCCGGAACAUUCAAGUGCGCCCGUUAAGCUCGUCGACAAUGGUUAUCACCUGGGAACCACCUGAGACCCCUAAUGGACAAGUGACGGGCUACAAAGUGUACUUCACGACCAACCCAAACCAACCGGAAGCGUCUUGGGACUCCCAGAUGGUGGAUAACAGUGAGCUGACGACCAUUUCGGAACUGACUCCGCAUGCCAUCUACACCAUCCGGGUUCAGGCUUUCACUUCGAUGGGAGCCGGUCCAAUGUCCAAUCCGGUUCAGGUCAAAACGCAGCAAGGAGUGCCCUCACAGCCGAGCAACUUCCGGGCUACCGAUAUUGGAGAAACAGCUGUCACUCUUCAGUGGUCCCGGCCGACCCACUCGGGCGAAAAUAUCGUCCACUACGAGCUUUACUGGAAUGACACCUAUGCAAACGAGCAGCAUCAUCAGCGUAUUCCGAACACCGAAACCUAUACCUUGAGCAGCUUGUAUCCGGACACCCUGUACUACUUUUGGCUGGCAGCCCGAUCUCAGAGGGGCGAAGGUGCAACAACUCCUCCGAUCCCAGUUCGAACCAAACAAUACGUCCCGGGAGCGCCGCCACGUAAUAUUUCCGUCGAAGCGACCAGCCCGACCACAAUCAACGUGUCCUGGCUUCCGCCACCGGUAGAACGUUCCAACGGCCCGAUCGUCUACUACAAAGUGUUCUUCGUCGAGGAUGGCCGCCCAGAUUCGGAAGCAACGGUCACAACCCUGAACUCUACCGCGCUCCUCCUGGACGAACUCAAACGCUGGACAGAGUACAAGGUCUGGGUAUUGGCCGGAACAUCCGUGGGCGAUGGGCCUCGAUCCUAUCCGGUCACCGUUAGAACUCACGAAGACGCCGUCAAGCUGAACAGACCGUUGCUGCACUUCGAUCUGAGUGUGGACCCCACCAGUGGUAAUCCGACUCAGAUAUCGAUUUGCAGUAGUUCAGUGGCAACCGUGGACCAGAGCCUCGGCUGCUACACCCGAUCUCUUAACAACAUCACGGCCAUCAGCUCAGGGACGGGAAAUCGCCGCGCCAACAUCAAUCACAAAGGGGUCAACCAGGACCCCUUUUUUGCAAACAGCUUGCAAAGUUUUCGCAACGUUUCCGCUACACCUUCUAUCACAUUCCAAUCAUCAUCCACGUGUCAGGCGCAGCUAUUUUACUGCGUCCGAGCCGGAACGGUCCGGUCAGCAGCGCGACAGGAACAGCCAGCAGAACUGUUCCCAAGCAUAAAUCCGGACGGCUGUUUUAGCAGUUGUCGAAGUCGAAUCAGCCAGACGGCUGAUUACCAAUAUCGCCACCGGAACAACAGAGCGGCUGCUCCCAGUAGGUGUCGAACUCCAACAGCCCAGAGGGAGCGUUCAACCGAUUCAAGGCAAGGUCAAUCAGGAUGGCUGCGCAGAAGUUGUCAAGAUCGAACCAGUCAGGCAGAUGGUCAAACGAGUGCACGCCGGCACAUCCUGGCGGCCGCGUAUAGUGGUCGGAACCAAGGUGGUCAGGAAUCGGUCCAGCCGUCAAGAGGUCGUAUCAGUCAGUCGAAGGGGCUGGUCAAGGGUCCUAUUAACGCCGGAACAGCCGGUCAAGCCGGAAAGUCUGGAGGUAUUAGCAUAAGUACCGUCGACGGCUGGGUCGUGAAUACAGUCAAGCCUAGGCAACCAGGGCGAUUGUAUUCAUUGAUCGAAAUAGGACAAGCGAGGUGGUCUGAUCAACAGCAUCCUCUCCCCAAUCAUUCCGGGCGGCUGUUCACAGCAGCUAUCCAAACCACAACAUCCUGGUGGUCUGCUAAACGGCUGUCAAGACCGGAAGUGAGUCCAUAUAGAAUCGGAGACGGCGCAGUCAGAAAGGCCGAAAACAGCAGUCGAAAGAAGAAGAGCCAAAAGGGCGGCUGUCCAGCGGCAACGAGGUCGGGACAGCCAGGGGAACAGUUCAAUUUACGAGACUCAGGAACAGCUAGGCGAUCGCGUGCAGUGGUCGAUGUUAAGCUAGGUGAUCGAUUACGCCGAAUCGAAGUCGGAACAGCCAAGCGGCUGCUCACGGUGGCCGAAAUUGCCAGCCAGCCAGGUCGGCGAAGUCGGAACAAUCCAAAAUACUACAAUACUGGCGAACAGGACCGGACCUUCCAUCAAGGACGGUACCUGGACGACUACUCUUCCGAAAAAUCGACACCCGGUGCCAAGAGCGGUACCCGGACGGGCAAGGGACUGCUGAACGAACCGAUGAAAUUCGACGUGGUGGAUGCGCUAGAGUACAACGUUACCAGUCUACAGCCGGACACCAAAUAUCAGGUUCAGGUUGCGGCUCUCACCAGAAAAGGUGACGGAGAUCGAAGCGCUCCAAUUGCCAUCAAAACUCCGGGAGGUGUCCCAAUUCGUCCAACGGUCAGUUUGAAGAUUCUGGAACGGGACCCAACGGUUUCGAUUGAACUGGAAUGGGAACGUCCUAAGCAGACUUAUGGAGAGCUUAAGAAUUAUAGGGUAAAGUGGGGAGUGAAGGAACAACCUUUGACGGAGGAAAAUAUGCUGGGACCUCAUACGACUACAAAAAGGAUAAAUGACCUGGAACGAGGAGUUGAGUACGAGUUUAGGGUUGCCGGAAUGAAUCACAUCGGAGUUGGUCAGGAAGCUGUUAAGUACCUGCAGACACCGGAAGGAACACCGACUGGGCCACCGACAGAUAUUGUGGUAAGAUUUCAGACUCCGGAUGUGAUGUGUGUGACGUGGGAACCCCCAACUAGGGAACAUCGUAACGGACAAAUUACACGGUAUGAUGUUCAGUUCCACAAGAAGAUCGAUCAUGGAUUGGGUACCGAAAGGAAUACGACGGCACGGAAAGCCGUUUUUACAAACUUGGAAGAGAGCACAGAGUAUGUUAUAAGAGUUAGGGCUUACACCAAACAAGGAGCUGGACCUUUCAGCGAAAAGAAAAUCAUAUCAACCGAACGGGAUAUGGGAAGAGCUCCCUUGUCAGUUCAAGCUGUAGCGACCUCGGAACAAACGGUGGAAGUUUGGUGGGAACCGGUUCCCUCAAGGGGUAAACUAGUAGGAUAUAAAAUUUUCUAUACCAUGACAGCCGUAGAAGACCUUGACGAGUGGCAAUCAAAAACCGUAGGCGUCACGGAAUCUGCCGAUUUGCUAAAUCUGGAGAAGUUUGCCCAAUACGCCAUAGCUAUUGCUGCGCUGUAUAAAACUGGUCCAGGUCGGUUGAGUGAGAAGGUCACCGUUAAGGUUAAGCCGGAAGAUGUUCCGCUGAACCUUCGAGCACAUGAUGUCAGUACACAUUCGAUGGAAUUGAACUGGGCUCCCCCAAUCCGGUUGAACCCAAUCAAUUAUAAGAUUUCGUUUGACGCGGUUAAGGAGUUCGUAGAUUCUCAAGGUAUUCCUCAGAAACAAAUCUUACCGAAGCGGGAGAUCGUCCUCAAAAGUCACGUAACUUCUCAUACCAUAAGGGAACUGUCUCAGUUCACGACCUACUUCGUGAAUGUAAGCGCAAUCCCAACGGAUUACUCUUACAAACCACCUACCAAGAUCACGGUUACUACUCAAAUGGCUGCUCCUCCACCAAUGGUUCAACCGGAUUUCUACGGAGUCGUGAACGGUGAAGAGAUUCAGGUUAUCUUACCUCAGGCAUCCGAGGAAUACGGCCCAAUCUCGCACUACUACCUGAUUGUUGUUCCCGAGGACAAAUCCAACCUCCACAAACUACCGGAUCAAUUUCUUACGGAGGAUUUGCAGCCUAGUAAGACUCGAACGGAAAGACCCAACGCACCCUACAUUGCGGCUAUGUUCCUGCAACGUAACAUUCCAUAUACAUUCCAUCUAGGUUCGGGUGAAACCAACCACAACUUCACCAACAAGAAACUGGAACGUGGAAAGCGGUAUCGAAUCUUCGUGCGAGCAGUUGUGGACACUCCUCAAAAGCACCUGUACACAUCGAGUCCUUUCUCCGAGUUUCUUGCUCUGGAUAUGAAGGAAGCUCCCACCGGAGAACCUCCACAUCGACCGAAUCCAAAUGUACCCCAGGAUCCUGAAAUCAUGAUCAGUGGUAAGAAUGAGGAACCUGGUAUGAUCUGGGUAGUUGGUCCAAUAAUCGCAGCAUUGGUAUUGAGCUCAUGUCUGGUACUGGUAUACUUUGUACGUCGACGACGAACUCCCUACAAAACACCGGAUCAAGCGGCCGUAACGAGACCUCUGAUGGCAGCGGACUUGGGAGCUGGUCCAGCUCCUACUGAUCCAGUUGACAUGCGUCGCCUUAACUUCCAAACACCCGGAAUGAUCAGCCACCCUCCAAUACCGAUCUCAGAGCUUGCGAAUCACGUGGAACGAUUGAAAGCCAAUGACAACCUCAAAUUCUCCCAAGAAUACGAGAGUAUCGAACCUGGUCAACAGUUUACCUGGGAUCAUUCCAAUAUGGAGGUCAACAAGCCGAAAAAUCGCUACGCCAACGUUACCUCCUAUGAUCACAGUCGAGUAAUUCUGCAACCGAUCGAGGGAGUCCCUGGAUCAGACUACAUCAACGCCAACUAUUGCGACGGAUACAGGAAGCACAACGCCUACGUGGCUACCCAAGGUCCACUGCAGGAAACUUUCGGAGACUUCUGGCGUAUGUGUUGGGAGCUUAAGUCGAACACCAUAGUUAUGAUGACUCGGUUGGAGGAACGUUCCCGCAUCAAGUGCGACAUGUACUGGCCUGCCCGGGGCACCGAAGUGUACGGGGUCAUGACGGUGACAAUCACAGAAACUCAGGAACUAGCGACCUACAGUAUAAGAACGUUCCAAAUUUGCCGAAGUGGAAGCAACGAGCGUCGGGAAAUCAAACAACUACAGUUCACGGCCUGGCCCGACCAUGGAGUACCUGAUCAUCCGGCUCCGUUCCUGCAGUUCCUGAAGCGUACCAAGGUCCUUACACCACCGGAUUCGGGACCGAUAAUAGUUCACUGUUCGGCAGGUGUCGGGCGAACCGGUUGUUACAUCGUAAUCGACUCGAUGCUGGAACGAAUGCGGCACGAAAAGAUGAUAGAUAUCUAUGGACACGUGACCUGUUUGCGAGCGCAACGCAACUACAUGGUUCAGACCGAGGAUCAAUACAUCUUCAUCCACGACGCUCUGCUGGAAGCGGUGAUUUGCGGUAGCACCGAGGUACCGGCACGAAGUUUACACAAUCAUAUCCAGAAGCUAAUGCAAACGGAACCGGGCGAGAACAUCACCGGUAUGGAGAUGGAGUUCAAAAAGCUCUCGAACGUGAAGGCCGACUCGGCUCGCUUUGUAACGGCCAACUUGCCCUGCAAUAAGCACAAAAACCGACUGGUGCACAUCCUGCCGUACGAAGCGUCUCGCGUAUGCCUGACACCGAUCCGGGGCGUCGAAGGCAGCGAUUACAUCAAUGCCAGCUUUGUUGAUGGGUAUCGUUACCGCAAUGCGUACAUUGCUGCCCAGGGCCCUCUUCAGGAAACGGCCGAAGACUUCUGGCGAAUGCUUUGGGAGCACAACUCUACCAUCGUUGUUAUGCUCACUAAGCUGAAAGAAAUGGGAAGGGAAAAGUGCUUCCAAUACUGGCCCCACGAACGGUCGGUCCGGUACCAGUGCUACGUGGUGGAUCCCAUUGCCGAGUACAACAUGCCUCAGUACAAGCUUCGGGAGUUCAAGGUGACGGAUGCGCGGGAUGGGUCGUCGCGAACGGUGCGGCAGUUCCAGUUCAUCGAUUGGCCCGAACAGGGGGUGCCGAAGUCGGGCGAGGGUUUCAUCGACUUCAUUGGACAGGUGCACAAAACGAAGGAGCAGUUCGGCCAAGAUGGGCCCAUUACGGUGCACUGCAGUGCCGGUGUUGGCCGAACCGGUGUGUUCAUUACCCUCAGUAUCGUGCUGGAGCGGAUGCAGUACGAGGGCGUGCUGGAUGUGUUCCAGACGGUGCGGAUACUGCGCUCGCAGCGACCAGCGAUGGUUCAAACGGAGGAUCAAUACCAGUUCUGCUACCGGGCCGCCCUCGAGUAUCUCGGUUCGUUCGACCACUACGCAAACUAAAUUCAGCGCAGCAAAACACUGCUACUCCGAAACAAGAGAGACUCAUGACCAGGACGCAAUACGAUAUGAUAGCCAAUAUUUUGAUGAGCACACAAAUAACACAGAAAACCUAUGGAACAAUCGUCAGUUAGCUUUUAGAUAACAAUUAACUAAAGAAGAAAAAAAACCCUAAAACGAAAAGUAAACUAGAACACACAAAAAGUUAUCGAAGAUAAGUGAGAAAAUCAUCAUUCCACAGCUAGAAACCCAUCAAAUCGAAUCAGCUUUUAGAAAACGCAGAAAACAAUUCAUUCAAUUUCUAAGCGAUAGAAAAAAGGUGCAUAAAACUCAUGAUAACCAUCCAAAAGAAAAUCAUUCAAGCUAGGGUUACCAACCAAAAAGUAAAAAUAAUCCGCCAUCAAGUGAGCGUAAAGAUAAAUUCCAGCAUCUGAUAAUGAUAAUUCUAAAUAGCUCUCUAGAAACAGAAGUAAAAACAAAACGCAGUUUUAACUGUACCAAUAUCGUAGUGAAAGUAACGAACAUCAUUUCGUAAACUAAGGAAAAAAAAGUAACCAUCGCCAAUCGACUAAGCAAAUUCAUUCCCGUCAAUCAAAAUUAGCCAGCAGAGUGUUGUCGAAAAAAAUAGCAACAAACAAUUGUUCAGAUAUAAAACAAAUUCUCUCGAAAGUGUGGUUCCGGUUAUGGAACGUGUUUUACUAUCCCUAAUUAUAGACAAAACAAAAAUGUAUCAAAAGUUUGGCGUUCGAAACAAAAACUAAAAAAACAAAAUUGGCAUCAGCAAUUCACACUCUAGCUAGCAGAAAAUCUUUAGAACCUAAACAGAACGCGUCAGAUUAUUAAGGCAAGGAACGGAAAGUGAACGUGAAAUAUCAAAGACAUCUCACUGAUAUCAAUCAGGAUACCGACUUAUAGUGUAAAAACUUUAGUUUCUGGCGGCCGUCAUCGGGUUGAAAUUAUUUUAUUUACUUGAAUAAAUGUAGGACUCAUACUAGUGAAAAUAAGUAAGUAAAUGAAUUGAUAACAGUUGAAGUCAUCAGGGUAUUGAAAAGUACCAAUUAGAAAAAAAUCAAACAGUUGGGGAGAAUAUGAGUAUAUUUGAUCUCUGGGGAUACUUGAUUUCUCAGCUAUGUAUAUAUCGAAACAGGAAUGUCUUACAUAGAGCAAAUGUUCUGGAAAAAUUUGCCAAAUAGAACAAAACAACAAACCUUUCAUAAAAAAAACUUUUUUUUUGGAUAUUAAACCAAUUGGUUUAUUCAUCCCCAUAGUCAAAAAACUUUUAAAUUUGUUUUUAAUAAUUGCACUUUAUUUGAAAAAUCUAACAAAAUGUGACUUGAAGAUCAUAUACAUCGCUUCAAAACGUUUCUCACGCGAAAAAAUAUUUAUUCCAGAAUGUCAAUCGUUAGAGUACAAUAUGAAUUUCUUAAUGCCAUUAUUUCUAUGCAAUAGUAAACUCUAAAUUUUUCUAAGAAAAAGUUUUCCGAAAUGUAUGAUAUGGGUUCACUUGGUUCCUUGAGUCCAAAAAGAUAUAAGUUCUUCUGAAUCGAUGUUGAUCAUAGCUAAGCACGAAAUCAAUAACAUUUUUUCAAUGACUAAUAUUUAUUCAAAAAUUUCUUGAUCAAAUGAACUCAAAAAAGUGUAUUUAUCGAAAAAAAUGCGCCUUUAAGUAUGCAAUGAAUAUUGGGUAUUAGACAAACUUUCAGAAUUAUUUUUGUCUGGAGCAUAUAAACUAGGAAAUGAAAACUAAUAUGGCCAAAAAACUCAAUUCAACAUUUAUUUUUAGAUUUCGCAUGAUUUUUGCCAAAGAUUUUGGGCACCCUGGUUCAAGGAUCAAGUCUACUUCAACUUUCAAAAUAUUCCAAUUUUUUUUAGUCCCACGAAAACCUUUCUAGUUCAUCUACGGAUCAAUUUGACUUUAGCAGCAUAUAAACUUGAAAUUAAACGCUGUCAGAAAAUGCAAAAGACGGUGAUCUGCAAAAUUUUUCCAAAAAGUUUUGAUGAAUAUUUGAAAAAGAGAUCAAGUAUCCUCAAUCUCCCCUAUUCUUUUAUUUUAAAUUUGUAUUUAAUUUUAUUUUUCUUGACCCAACAAAAAAAACCGGUAUUUGAUGGUUUUAAGAAUAUUUUUAACAGUUUUUUUUUUACAUUUUACCUUAAGUUCAUGAAAGUAGGUAAAUAAGUCAAAGAAUGCUACCAUAAUCAUUCAUAAUAACAUAGUCGAAACGUAAGAGAGAAGAACCUUGUUAAGUAUCUACUCUAUACCUUUGAGGAAUGCUUCUUAUGGUCGUUAGGUAAGAAUGAAAGAAAAAAACCAAGAACUUUUUGCUUGCAAGUGUACAAUUUUGCGAUGGAAAUAAUCAGUAGUAGUUUAUUAACAGAAGAAAAAACAACAGAAGAAACAAAAAAAAAAUACACGAGUGGCAAAGUGAGUUUAUGAAUUCAUCAGACUGAUAUUGUAAAUGAAGAAACAAAAAAAAAAAAAAUAGAAACAAACAAAAAAAAGUAAGCUAACCGUAGGAAGAGUGUUUUGAUUAUUUUGGCAGCAGAAUCGAGGAGGACUCUUUGUAAGUAUUGUAUCAUGCAGCAAAGGAAAAAAUAUCUAUCAGAAUUUAAAGUAAUAAUGGGAAAAAAGAACCUAGAGGAAGCGAUUAAGAGAGAAAAAAACAAACAAAUUAUUCAGAUAUAUUAGCAAAGUUGACCUGUUUUUGGAUGAAGUGUAAAUCUAUUAAGCAAAUAAUAAACUAAAGAAACAACCGCUUAAUGAACAUAGGCAACAACACAUAGAGAGAGAAAAAAAACAUUAGAAAAGCAAGUACUAUAUCCCGCAACAGCUGAAGAGAAUGAACGUUUUAAUUUUGCAAGCGUAACUUUUCCGUUUCCGUCUCGUCUAUCCUGUUCAUUUUUAUUUGUUUUGUAGAAUGUCGAUGAACUAAUAAAUAGGACAAAUUUUUGGACGUAACAUAAGUUUAGGCGUUUAUGUGAUGGUUGUGUAGGUCAUUUUAUCGGGCAGUAGAGUUAUACACCAGCAACAAGUAAGAUUUACUAAUUAACAGAAAAAAAAACUAAGAAACAGUAAGGAGAGAAGCAGAACAACUUAAAAUGGAACUAGCCGGCAGUUGAAAAUCAGUUUUAUUGGAGAUAAAUCAUGCUUUAUUUAUAAGGCUAGAAUACAGACUCAUACAUAAUCGCGUGAGCUCGUCAUGGCGUAAUCCAGGCUGCACCAGUUUCGUCCACGAAAUAUCAGUACAUUUAAGAUCACAUUAUGACGUUUAUUCGAUUGUAUUUUAAAUUUUACCAGGCUUCUUUUUGUUAAAAGUAGUGUUUAAUUGAGGUCCGAGGACUUUAACAUUUCAAAACAAAAAAUGUUCUUGCAACAUUGAGACGUGGUAAUUUAAAGAUCUAAACUCAAUUGGGAAGAAAGCAAAUUUUCAGUGUUUUAAAAGCAUUUCUUUUAAAAAUAAGGUACCGUAAUCCGGGGUAAGAUUGAUCCCUUUUUUAUGAACUAUUUUAUACCAGUACUGGACUCAUAUGAACGUAAAACAUGGUGGCAGAAAUUUACCAGAUUACUUCAAAUUUGAUAAAUAAAUCGAUUUCGACUUUGUUUAGAAUUGAUCAGUCUCUAUUUUGACGGUUUGAACGAGUUUUUUUUAUCAUAAAGGAUACACAACACCUUCAUAAUAUUUGCAAGUGCCAGUUUAUCAAUUGCUAAGGCAGUUUGGAACGAACUCAAAUGAUAGAAAAUUAAUCAUGGUAUUCUACAAAAUUGAACACAAAACUUUCGGUGGCUCAAAGAUACAAAAUUUGUAAGUUUUUAUCCAGUGAAUUCUGAGACAAACAAAAUGCUGGAUUUCGGUGUUUCUUGGUUUAGAUUUCUUCGCGGUUAAAAAAAACAACAUCGCGGUCCUUAUUGAGUUAAGGCCGAACAACAAUUCAAAUCGAAAGAUGGGCAAUGAUGCUGCAUAAAUUAAGGGGCUAAAUUUUUUAUCAUCAGAGAAGAAUGAGGAUACUUGAUUCCUUCGCUAUAUCUUGAAACAAGAAUGCCUUACAAAUAUCAAAUGUUCUAGAAAAAUGUGCCAAAUAGAACAAAACAACAAUGCUGUUAUCUCAACAAAUUUUAAGAAAAUUAUUUUUCGAAAUAUUGAACUAUGUUUUAAAAAUUUAACAAAAUGUGAUUUGAAGAUCUGUUUUAUCAUUUUAAAAUGUUUCUCGGGCUUGAGAUAUAGCUCAGUUGGCAAGUCAGUUGCUUCCUGAGCAGAUGUCCGUGAGAUCGAGCCCAAGAGUAAAAAUCGAACACAGUUGUACCGGAUAAGUUUUUCAAUAAUUUCCGCCAACUGCAACGUUGAUAAAGUCGCGAAUGCCACAAAGAUGGUAAAACGACUAUAAUCGAAACGAAAAAAUGUUUCUCACAUGAAAUUUUUUUAACAAAAUAUAUAAAUUCCAAUAUGUCAAUCGUUAGAGUAUAAUAUGAACUUCAUAUGCUAAAUUAUCAAAGCAAUAGUGAACUCUCAAUUUUUUUUUCGGAGAAUUUUUUCAAAAUGUAUGUUAUGGGUAAAAUUGAUCCCUAGAGUCCAAAAAGAUAUAUAUUUUCUUCUGAAUGGAUCGUGAUCAUUGGUUAUCAUGAAAUUAAUCAUUUUUGUCCAAAAACUUAUGUUUAUCUAGUAAUUAUCUGAUAAAAGGGACUUAAAAAUACUGCAUUUAUUUAAACACUAGAAAAUUGCGCCUGUAUGUAUGCAAUGACUGUAGAGUAGCAGACAAACUUUUAGAAUUCUUUUUGUCUGAUACUUACAAACUGUGAAAUGAGAACUAAUAUGUCAAAAAAUAAUCAACGGACCAUUUAUCUUCGGAUUUUACUAGAUUUUUGCCUAGAUUCAGGGCCCCUUAAUUAAGGAUCAAGUCUCCUGUUACUUGAAAAAUACCAACACAUUAUUAGUCUCACGAAAAUGCUUCUAGUUCAUUUACGAGUUCGUGAAUCAUGUAUUAGAUAAAUUUUCCCAUACAAACCUAGAAGUUCAAAUUUACUCAUGUAAACGUUACUCAAUAAUUCUGCAAAUAAUCAUGGAUGAGUUUUGGACCAAGGAGAAGCUUUUUAGACCCCAGGGUUUGAGAAAUUAGCCCAAAAUAGCCCAAAGUCGACUCAGUCUAUUGUACAUAUUUUAAGUUUUUUGAGGUGUAAAAAUUUAAGAAUUUGAUAUUUCCAUACAAAACUUGUCGCAUAUAAAUUUCAUUUAAUUUUCAUUUUAAUCGGAAAGAAGGCAAAGAACAGAAAGAUAAGUCAAAUGUGAUUUUAGAGCACGCUGAUUCUCGAUUUUGAAGCUUCGACUUGAAAAACAGAAGAAAAUUUACAGUUUUGCAGAAAAAAAUUUAAUGAAUUUUUGAAGUUCUCUUUAGAAUCGACCCUUGGUUUUCGAAAACAAAAUCUGCUGGAGACAAAGUAUGGAAACCUUGUGUGAUUUAGGAUUUUGGAGAUUGGAAAUAGAAACAUCUAGAAGUUAAAGAUAGACAUUUCAUGGCAACUAACAAAUGUGGCUCUUUCGAACAUUGAAAUUUAAAAAAAUAGGUAAUUUCGGCUUUUCUGACUCAAAAAGUUGCCGACCACUGUCUUAGGUCCUUUUAUUUUUUCCUUCAAAUUUUACCAUUUGAUAGGGUUUCUAGCCUUUGGUCACAGACAGGUUUACUCUUGGAAAAUGUCCCUAUUUUUUAAUAUAAAAAAUUUACCUCAAAAUACAGUUAAACUAUAGGGGAGAAUGAGGAUACUUGAUCCCUGGGGAUAUUUGAUUCCUUAGCUAUAUCUCGAAACUGGAAUGACUUACAAGGAUUAAAUGUUCUAGAAAAAUGUGCUAAUUGGAGCAAAUCAACUAUGCUAUGAUCUCAAAAAAUUUUAACAAAAUAAUUUUUGAAGUUAUUGAACUUUGUGUGAAAAAUUUCACAAAAUGUGACUUUAAGAACUUCUUCUAUCACUCUAAAAUGUUUCUGAUAUGAAAAAAUAAAAACAAAAAUAUAUAUUCCAAUAUAUAACUCGUUGUGGUGUAAUGUGAACUUCAUUUUACCAUAUUUUAAAACAUUUGCAAUGGUAAACCCUCAACAUUUUUCAAAUAAAAUUUUCUAAAAUUUUCAUUAUGGGUUCAAUUGAUCCCUAGAGUUCAAAAAGGUUUUUUUUUUUCUUCUAAAUAGAUCUUGAUCAUUGCUGAUUACAAGAUAACGAUUAAUUAUUCAAUAACUGAUAUUUAUACAAUAAUUGUCUGGCAAAAAGGGCUAAGAAAGUUGAUUUUCUCUUAAAUUCAGAAAAUAGCGCCUUAAAGUAUGCAGUGUCAUUAAGGUUGAGACAAAGUUUUAGAAUUUUCUUCCUUUGACAUUUAUAUAUUGUGAAAUGAGAAAAAGCAUGACCAAAAUAGUCAAUUGACAUUCUUUCUUGAAAUUUUAUUUGAUUUUUUCCAAGGAAUAGAGCCCCCAAAAGGAAUCAAGGAUCAAGUCUCCUUCAAAAAAGAAUCCUUAACUUCAAAAAUAUCGCAUUUUUUUCCUUCCACGAAAAUGCUUCCAGUUCAUCAACUUUUGAAGCACAUAAACUUGAAAUUACACGCUGUCAGAAAAUGCAAAAGACAGCGAGUGGCCAAAUUUUUCCAAAAAGAUAUGAUAAAAAUAAGAAAAGGGGGUCAAGUAUCUCCAUUCUCCUUUACCAUUUGAUAGGGUUUCUAGCCUUUUGUCUGAGACUGGCUUACUCUUGGAAAAUAUCCCUUUUUUUAUUCACAUAUGGUUUUAUUAAGGCAUUUUACUUAUAUAGUUUUUAUGUGCCGGGAGAAUUUUUUCCUAACUUUGGGUUAGUAAGAGGGGAAAAAUAUCUCUAUUUUUUAUUUAAUAUCAAAAAAUUAACUCAAAAUUCAACAAAAACUAAAUCAAAAUUAUACAUUUACUAAGGGAAAAAGUUGAACUCUCACAUAAAUCAACCUGGUAAACGCUUUGAUCUGGAAGGGUGUUUGUUAGUGAGCCUUCGAAAAAAUAGGUAUUUCCAGAUUUUGAAAUUACAUUUUAACUUACAUUUGAAAUUUUCUAAAACAAACCAAGUUCAUCCCAAUUUAAAACACAACUUAUAGAUUUUAAAACGUAGAAAAAAGUUUUGAGAUAUUUUAACUUUAGACUUAGUUAUUGAUGUUAUUGAUUAUGUGGAAAAAUUUUAUGAUGAUCAAAGUUACCCCGUUUUACGGUAGUACUCAAUGUAUCAAAAUUUUUUUGAAAAGGAUAAAAAUAAGUGGUUCCUUAAAAAUAUCACAUCAAAGAACUAUUCAGAUAUUCAGUUCUAGAACAGAAAUCUAACCUCAGAACUCUAUACUCAUUACUAAGAACUCUUUAUUUUGGAUUCCAAAUUGAGAUUCAAUGAAUAAGAAACUAAUUUAAGCAAAAGUUCUUGAAUCGUUCGUACUGUUUGGAUGCUUCUUUAUGCCAAUGAAGUUUUUCUGGAAUUUAAUUCGUGCAUCAUGCCAAAUUUUAAGUUUUUUUUCAGUUCCAAAACGUUAAAAAUGUUUCAAGCAAUGCGUCAGACUAUUUUGGGAUUUUUUAAGCUAGAACAACGUGAAGCAAUGUUUAGUUUAAAGUCAUUCAAUCAUCCUCCCAGUAUGUGUCAACGGUAAACUUUAUUGUUAAUUGGAUAAUAUUAUUGUACACAAGAUUGUGAGUGUGUGCGAUGUGAAACUCACAAUCACACAGAAUAUCAUCACACUCAUAGAGACGCACACAGACACUUUAGUUUUAACAGAUUAGGAUGUAAGUUAUGGGUAAGUUAAAUCGAAAAUAUCGAGGACUAAAUUGACGGAGUACUUUAAGUUCUAUUUUACUGGAUGAUGUGAAAAAUUGAAAACCAACACUGCUGCAGUUGAUAUUAAUUUGUGAUUUUUUAUGUGUAGCUAAGUUCCGGACUUUGUGUAACGUGAAUAAAACUUUGAUCAUAUGAGGUUCAUCCAUGUGUAUCGAAUGUUUAGUUGUUAGUGAAACAAAACUGUCAUACGGAGUCUAAUAUUAAAGUUUAAAAUUUUUAACUUUAGAGAGACUGUUCGAAAUUGGUAAAUUUCAGACCGAAUGCAGCUUAGUACCGAUCUAGUAUCAACGGGACGCGCAAAUAUUAUUUUUAUUUGCUUAAUUAAGUUAAUUCUGUUUUAACGGAGCAGCUAGCCAGGCAUUUAGUUAAACUAUGAAUCGCAACUCGAGGCCAUACAGUUUACCCUAAACCGAGGAUUUUAAACGUUAAACUUUAAGUUUUACCGUUCAAAUGUUAUCGCAAAAAUCAAAAUCGAAUAGCUCUGUUAAGCCGAUGCCAAUUAAAUUGUUCGUUUCAAGAAAACUUUACAAGUACACUUUACCAAUAGCUACAGUUAAAAGUUGAUUUAAGUUGAAAUGUAAACUGCCAUUAACCUGUAUUAAGUUUUAUCAUUCCAUCCACACAUUCUUUACCUUUGAAGAAUUUGAAUUCUGUAAAAAAAAGAUAUCACGAUCUUCCCGUUCGUUUGAUUUUUAGCAGAAAACACAAAAACUCAUUUUAACUCACAGCCACAGAAUAAUACUCUUGCCUUUCGAAAAAAAAACACUUUCCGAUAUUAAUUGCAUUACUUAAUGUUCAAUAAAAGAAAUGUCACUUAUAAUCACUUGCUCAAAAAACACAUUUCGGUUACAGUGAAUGCAAAAAAAAUGUUGUACCAAAUAUUGUUUGUAAAAUGUUAACAAAUGACACACACAAUUGAUAGAUUUAAGUAAGAGUUGCAAAAGAGGCGGCAUUCAAAUUUUCAUUUCCGCAAACUUAACCUUAAAUAUCAGAAAACCGCUAAAAAACUGUGCUGGUUACAGAACGUCACACCGGAUUAGUACUAAAUUUAAACGGAAGAAUUGAUCGUUGAAAGCAUAACUGUAAAGCAAACUAACAGAAGAAGAAAAAUUAUUAAAAACAUAUUUUUGUACGCGAGAAAGGUUAAGACAGAGAGAAAAAAAAAAUGCAAAUUUACUUAUCGGAAAAGUUAUUAACACAAAGAAAAGAAGGAAAAAAAUUAAAGAAAAAAAAUCUAUCAAAAGAUCAACAACCGUCAGGUUAGGGCAUGGGAGUGUAAUGUUCAUAGUAUAGGUUAUGGUAAAAAAAAGUGAGCAGUGCACAACAACAAGCGUCCCUGCGUGUGUGUGUGCGUGCGUUGCGUGGUGUGCUACGAGUAGAUAUAUCAUUAUUGGUUAAGGCGGAUCUUGCAUUUAAGUAAAAUUACAUCUCUCAAACACGGGUGGACAAUUGGAAGAAAACUAUUACCAUACAUAUGUAUAUCUUGGACUCUACUGAGCGCUGCGCCCGAUCGAACGCUAAACUCGGAGCUCUGUAACUCGACUAAAAAGUAUCAGUCCGAUUAUCGAUUUUGGUUCAAUUCUUCAGUAAGGUCUAGGUUCUAUAUAGAAAUUAGAAGGAUGGUGGUUGAUUAAAAAAAUGCGUGGGCAGUGGGAUGGCACAAUUAGCAGGAGGUAUAAUUAGAAGAUGAGAUUGUCGAGAAUUAUUUAGGUUAUAUCUACAAUUAUGAAUAAAAAUGGAAAAUAAA